AUGCGUGCGCAGUCCGCGCCGACGUUCCCGAAUACUGGAUCUCCGCGAUUGGUUGACGUGGCCGAGGUCACGUGCUCGACCCCGGGCGAAGCGAAAGGCGCGGAACGAGUGGGGGGAGAGCUCGGGACGAGUCGCGAGCGGAAAUCUCUGCCAGCUGCCCGCUUCCGUCUUCCCGAGCGCCUGUCAGCCAUUAGCGCUCUGUUCACCGGGUUUCUGGGUUUGAUUGGGCUCGACGCACGGAAGAUCGUGACCAGACCAGAUACUCCGUUCUACAAGACAGACAGAGAGAACGAUACGACAGCGUGAAAGCGAGAAAAAGAAAAAUCGAGAGAGAAAGAGAAAGAAAGUGA